AUGGAAAAUUUGAUGACAUCUUCUGCUAAUACUAUUUCAAGUAGCUUAAUACCAGGCGAAAUUGGAAUACACAUAAUUAGUGAAAAUUGGAGGAUCGCCAACAUAACAUUAAGUUUUCAAAAAUCAGGACAAACAGCAGAAGAAAUAGUAUUAGCAAUAAUGAAUACUUUAGAAAAGUAUUAUAUUAAGGACAAAGUGUUCGCACUUAUCAUGAACAACACUACUACAAAUAAAGCCAUUAACCGGUUGCUUCAAAAUAAGUUGCAGAAUACAGAGUUAAUAACAAUAG